CCGGUCCUUUCUCGCGCCCCUUCAGACCCUUCGCUCCAGCUAUAGCAAGGACAAGAGUGGCGAUGCAAAGCAGCGCUUUUGUUAGCUGUCACGGCUCAGUUUUUGGGUUGCCAAGCAGCACAGAGGCGGAAUUCCUCUCGUCUCCGCGCCCGGACCAUGUUAGACAUCAACAAAUUCGCAAAGACGAUGAAAAACACGUUGAAAUGUUGUCUUGUUCUUUUCAUUCUCCAGACAGCAUCAGGUGACAGCUGCUCUCUUGAGAUCUCCCCCCCGAGAGUGGUGGUGGGCUUCGGGGAGCCGGUAUCCGUCAGCUGUGUAGCCUCAAGGCCUGUGCGUGUGCUGGGGUGGGAAUCAGCCAUUGGUGCAUUGCACACCCAGCAUGACCUAACCGUACAGUGGCAGGUGGACAGCUUGAUUGACUGGAUCGAAGAGCCGAUCUGCUAUGGAGUUUUCUUCACCGCCCCCAGACAGUGUGAAGAGAAGCUCAACCUUGUUCUAUACAAGACUCCAGAUAGCAUCUCCAUCAGCCUGGUCAACCACACUGGGCCCAUGGUAGAAGGCAGAGAGUACCAGCUUCUGUGUGAGGUGCAGAACAUUGCACCUGUCCAGUAUCUCACUCUGCGGUGGUACCGAGGGCAAACUGAAGUGUAUAACCACACCUUCUCUGAACUGUCACCUGCCACACCAGUUCAGGUGUCCUCCACCUUGCUGAUCACACCAGGUAGAGUGGAGCAUGGAGCUCCAUACAGGUGUGAGGCCACACUGGAACUUGGGCCAGAGGGACCGCAGCCUCCUCCAAUGGUGAAGUCAGAGCCCCUCGACAUUGCUGUUCACUACCCACCUGACUUGCUCAGUCCAGAGCAGGAAGUGAUAGAACUUGGAGAUGGUGAGGUGAUCACACUAAACUGUACGGCAGUUGGAAACCCACCUCCUCUGUAUAGGUGGAGCACACCAACCCUGCUGGAGAGUGAUGAGAGCCACCCACUCCUCUCUGCCCCCUCCUUGGGUAUUUACACCUGUAUGGCCUCCAACAUUCUGGGUAAAUCAAGCAAGCAGUUCAUCAUAAAGCCCAGAUCCAAAGGUAAAACUGAUGGAUCUCUGGACAUAAGUAAGCAUAUGAUAUGGUCAGGUACAGAGAACUAGAAGCUGACUUAGCUGACCAGGGCUGUUGACUGGACUAGGCACUGCUGUUAUUACUAAAGCUGAGGUUGGCAUGAAGACUAUUUGACAGUUUAAAUAAUUAUUUCAGUACUCUUCCCACUAAUCUUCAGUCAGCUACAUUAUGAUGUGUCUUAUGAUGUGUUUUAACAUGUAGCAUGUACAGUCCACUCCACAUAGACAUAAUUCCCAAUGUGUUCUGUUAAAUGUUAUUUAGGAUGAAAAGAAAAUUUUGACAAAUUCUCUAUGGACUUUUGACAACACAGACAUGAAAGCAAAUGCAUUUUUUACUUCUUAUAGGUGUAUAAUUUCAGAGACCUUUCAGGCAUUUAAAUGGAAUGGACUUGCGGCUGGUAUUCAUCUCUGGAUUUUGGUCCAGAAAUUGCAAUACAUAACAGUAAUUAUGAGUCUUUUCUGAGUGUUUGCAGCAUAAUUAGUGUCUGUUUGUAGCUCUUGGAAGAUGGAGGGAGUUGUGAGUUUGCAUGGGUGGUGUGGCCUUCGUUAUUUGUGAAAGUCUCUUGCUGUCUUGUUUUCUGGUUGUUGCUGAGCUUAAAAUAAAGCUCUUUAUGUCUUUGGCAAAAACAUUAUAAAAAGGUAAAAUCUUUUAGAAAAUAUUUUCUGUUCUGUUAAAUAUACAGGUAAAACUGCUUGAUUUUCUAGUGUGAAGGACAUACUUUUCCAGUAUCUUUUCCUGUAAUAUAAAACCAGAAAGAUCUUUUUUUUCAGUUCUUGUUUUAUGUUUCUCAUUGCAGUCAUGUGGUUACUGCAAAAGGUCACACCAUCUGUUUCCUUAAAACAAUAAAGUUCAUUGUAUCUGUUUCCUUAGAAUAA